AUGGAUGAAACACCUUCGAAAACGCGUCUUCAGAAAUCGAAACAGAAGAAAACAGACCAAGGAGAAAUUCAGUCGAAGAAAAAGAAAAAAAAUGAAGCCGAUGAUGAACCAGAAGCCGGAAAUCCCAAAAAGAAGAACAAAUCUAAGAAGAAAAUUGUUUCUGAUCUUGAAGAUGAAAAAGGAGAAAGUGAGAGCGACCAAACACUGGUAAAGAUGAAAAAGAAGGCAAAGAACGAUGCUGAGAUAAGAUUGGAAGUCUCUGAAGAGCAAAAAGGGGAAACUGUUGGUGACCAGCAACAAAAGGAGACAAGAAUCAAGGAAAAGCACGACGCUGCGAAGAAGAAAAGAAAAGUCGCGGGUAUGCAUUUACGUUCCUUCGAUCCUGAAGCAACCCUGUCAAGAAAGUCACAGAGAUUAAAAGAUCAGGUGUCACCUCAAGUAUCACCUAGUUCACCUAGGCCUGAAAAACCUACUAAGAGAAAAAAGAAAGCAAAGAAUGUUGCGCCAAAGGAAGUAUUGGGUGAUGAUACAGAUAAUGAGGAUGUCGAAGAUGUGAGGCAAGCUGUUGAUCACCAGAAGAAAAGAAAAAGACAUGAACCCAAACAAUCGAAAGACCUGAAAAGGAUGAAGAACAAGCAAAUCGAAAGAUCCGAGAGUGAAGAGGAAGAAGAAGAAGAAUCUAAUAAGCAAUAUGUUGUCUAUAAACAAGGCGCGUUGAAUUCCUUCAUGUUCCUGUUAUGCAUCAGUUAA